AUGGCUGACAAUCUCUAUGAUCUAUUAGCUCCUCAUUUUGCUUUGACAGGUGCCUCCUCCGCUCCGCUGGCUCCAGAUCGUGACACGACGACAGCUCAGUAUCUAAAUCGACUAUCAACACUAUCUCUGGAGGCAUUGCAAACAACAGAGCCCCAGUCGCUGGCGCAAUCCUCACACUCAACCCUCCUGUCUUUGCAGGCAUUAUCGAAUCGAUCCCACAAGGCCUUCAUCACGUCCGCCGACAAUCUCUCGAACCUCCGUACGGCUAUCCCGCAACUGUCCCGGAACGCGCAGCAGCUACGAGAUGCGAUCCCCAAACUUGAUGAAUCUGCGGUUCGCUUUUCGACCAAAUAUAGUCGUGCCGCAGAGAACCCUUCUCUUGAACAGCGCAAGAAGGUCAUGCAGUUGGCGAGAAAUGUCGAUCGGCUAUCCGACAUCCUAGAACUUCCCUCUCUCCUCUCGACCACCGUCUCAUCCGCCGCAGUAAGCUCGGGUACCGCUGGUGCUAGCUCAUAUUCGACAUCAUACUCAUCUGCGUUGGAUCUGUACGCCCACAUCAAGCGACUGCAGACAUUGUAUCCCGAUUCGCCUCUGGUCAAGGACGUGGCUCUGCAAGCGGAGGAUGCGAUGAAGGAGAUGACAACAAAUCUUAUUGCAGGGCUCCGUACGCAGAACCUGCGGUUAGCAGCUGCCAUGCGAACUGUGGGCUGGCUACGGCGAGUGGCUCCAGAGUUAGAAAGUCUACGCAGUGAUGGUGAGACAGGCUCAGGAGAGGGUGCUCUCGGUGCGUUGUUUUUGAUUUGCAGAUUGGUGAACCUGGUCUCAACCCUAGAAGCAUUGGACCCUUUGCGGGACUUGGCGGACCAGGAGAUCCAGCGCAGAACCCGGAGUGCGGAUCAAAAGGAAGGGGUGCAGAACUCAUCGUGGUCACAGGGCCACCAGACAGAGAAGUUCUUGAAGCGGUACAUCGAAAUUUUUCGGGAGCAAAGUUUUGCAAUCGUGUCCUUAUACAAGAACAUCUUCACUCCCGACCAAUCCGAAUCCGAGACGGUGAUUCCAGGGUUACGAGGAAUCGAUGCUCGAAUCAAGGCGAGCGCAUCCCAGCCAGCUCACCAUGGGGAUCCCCUACAAUGUCUCCCUCCGGCUCUAGCAACUUUUCCCAUGCACCUCGUCCAGUUACUGACCGAUACGUUACGCACUUACCUACCCAAUGUCCAGGAUAAGAGCUCACGCGAAAGCCUUUUAACUCAAGUUCUCUACUGCGCCGCGAGCUUGGGACGCCUCGGAGGGGACUUUAGCAUGAUUCUGACGGAAUUGAGUACCGCAGAGGGUGACCAUGAGGAAGACCUCGCCUAUCACGAGUGGGAAGAGGUAACACGAAAGCACCGCGCCUUGGCAGGGCGUUUGGAGCAGCUCACAGGUGCCACUCCCAAGGGGACACCUCGGGUGACUUCGCCCACCCAGUGA